UGUCUACUCGCCUACGGCUCUCGACCGCGACCCCUGAUCCGGCAUGUCGAGCGGUCAAAAUCGUAAACACUAAGCAGACGAAUUUUAAGCUCGCGUCAUAUCUUUGUCCUGAUAUAUGACAGAGAUUCACUUGUUUCACCCUCUACCACCCUCUACCCUCCAUGGUCCUCACAGAUUUAUAUGUAGACAGUUUUCAAUUGAUUUUCCAUGCUUGGCAAGUGCUAACGAUUGAUAGACGAACUCCUUACAAACGUAUAUUGACCUCUACGUGCCUCACAUCCAUCAACAAACAAUUUUAUUUCUAUUUUGUGGCAAUCGAUUAGGUAGAAUACUGUAUCAAACAUGUUACAACCAGGAGCUGAUGGUGAAAAAAAUGACUGGGUCUUACAACUGUAUGAGACAUUAAUUUCUGAAACAGAGAAAAUAGUUAAAUCAUUCAAGAGUACAAGUGUUCGAACUACCUUCCAUGGGGAAGUUGUUUAUUCUUUCUUAGAACUUUGCAAAAAAUCUCAUGCUGACUUACAAGAAAGAGAAGAAUCUAAUAUGCAAGAUGCUACUACAGUAGCUCAAUUAAAAGACAAAUUUCAAUCAUUAAUAAAAGAUUUAGAAGAAUGUGAAGCACAAAUACAAAGAGAUCAAAAUCACAGGUAUGACUCGCUCUUUGAUAUGAAUGAAAUAGUAAUUUCUCAAGCAGAACAAAUACUUGAAUCAUCAAAGAGUACAAAUAGUCAGGCUGUUUUUCAAAGUGGUGGUGUUGAUUUUUGUAUAAGACUUUGUAAAAAAGCACUUGCUAGUGUAUGUGAAGAAAAAAAAGAACUUAAUGAGUUUAAUCCUAUCAAAGUGGCUGAAAUGAGAGAAAAAUUUAUCUCUUUAAUAGAACAGUUAGAAAAACGUAAAAUUGUCUUGGAUGAAGGUUAUGCACAGUUGGAGGCUGGAGUACAAUCGCACUAUGAUCCCAAAAACAUUAUGAAAAUGUUUGAGGAAUAUCAAAGAAGAAAUCCGUACUAAAUUAAGAAAAUAUAUUGGAAAUUGUAAAUAAAAUUUGAUAGGUGGAAUAAAAACUUGAAAUAUU